AGAGGAUCCAUUCUAUCUCUUUGCUCCAGUUUACGAACACUUAAGAUCAACCAUGGCAUUCGGUGGACUCCUGAGUGAGGCUGACAUUUCUGCUGCCCUGAAUGAUUGUAAAGCUGCUGACUCCUUCAGCUACAAAGCCUUCUUUGCUAAGUCUGGUCUGAGCAGCAAGUCCGCAGAUGAUGUGAAGAAUGUCUUUUUCAUCCUCGACCAGGACAGGAGCGGCUUCAUUGAGGAAGAUGAACUGAAGUUGUUUCUCCAGAACUUCAGCUCCGGUGCCAGAGCUUUAACUGAUGCUGAGACCAAGGCUUUCCUGUCAGCUGGAGACUCUGAUGGUGAUGGCAAAAUUGGAGUUGAAGAAUUCCAGUCUUUGGUGAAACAGUAAAACUGCUGAAAUCAUUCUUAAUGGACUUUUUCAAACAUCAAGUUCCAUAAUUGUGGCUUUUCUUAGUUAAAUUGACAGCCGUGAAAACUAGUAAAGUGGAACAAGGACACCUGUUCAGACAUUUUUCAUUCUGCUGACAAAUACUGAGUUCUUUAUCUACAAGCAGCAUCCAAGGAUUUUACCAUGCAAAGAAGAAAGGUUUUUUUCUUUAGUCAAGUCAAGUCAACAAUGGGUGCCAUGACCAGCAGUUUAUCUAAGAGUUGACUAAUUAGCCCGGUCUAUUUAUGUAUUAUUAUUUAUAUAUUGAUACUGCAUUGACUUUUGUAAACCUACAAAUGCAUAAUUUUUGUUUAGAUGUCUUAUGGGUUGAGGCAGCAAGCAUAAAAUAACUCAAUGCUAUCAAUAAAGAUCUUUUGAAAUCA